CCUGUCUCGCUAGGUGACAGCGGGGUGAUGUCCGCCUCUGGUGGGAAUGAGACAGCUUUGCUCGGAAGUUUCGCCAGGAAGCAGGUGAAGUACGGCAGCACCUGCAAGUAUGUCUCGCGCAGCGGAAAGACAAUUAAGCACGUCGUACAGCCGGGCGACACGCUACAGGGCAUUGCGCUGCGCUACGGAGUCACGACGGAAGAGCUGAAGCGUGCGAACCGCCUCUGGACAAGUGACAGCUUAUUUUUGCGGACAUGGCUGGCAGUGCCUGUGGUAGAGGCGGGACCAGCAGUAGGUGGUGCCUCAGCCUCUGCAGGCAGAGACACCAAUGGUGGGGACAGGGCAGGCUCUGAGGACACACCUUUACAGUCUGACGAGAGCAUCGCAGAUUUCCUGGGCCGCAUUGACAAUUCCAUUGCCAAGUCGCGCAGCCAGCUGCGCCAACUUUCUCAUACGAGGUUUGAAGAUUGCAGCGUUGAGGAGCCCACAGCUGGUGUAGCAGCACGAGACUCAGCACCAGCACCUGUGGUGAUGACCCGGCAGGUGAAGCACUCGCUCCAGAGGCACGAGCGGGACCAUGAGGAGAUCUUCCAGCUCUAGCAGUGCUCCCCCAAUCAGCCAAGGACCCAAGCUCUGUGUGUGUGUGUGUGUGUGCUCCUGUGUGUGUGUGAACCCUCCGCCAAAAUUGGCUGGUACUACCUGUGCUUGUUGAAAGGGCUGUCAAGUUAUGAUCCUUUUGUCAUCGUUGACAUGUUCUGGAAAUGGCAGGUCCUUGCUUGCUGAACAUUGUAAUAAAGCCCUGCCAUUUCCUCUGCCCAUUCUAUCGCAGCUGGAAUAGACAAGCACGUUCCAAUUUGUUUGCCUGUUGUGAAGUAAAGUAAUAACAUUGCCUCAUCAGAAGUGGCAUGUGGUGAUGCUGGAACAUCGCUGUCAGGAGGCAGGGGUCUGCUGAAUGCCUGCAUGAAUUCAAAAAAUGCUCCAGAUUGGAACCUGACUGUCUUUCAUGGUGUAGCUUUUGUCAAAAGAAACUGAGCCACUGUGUGCAUGACUGCAGCUGACACUAGGAUGUCUAGUCGGACUUCUGUCACAUUCACACUACACAAAACUACCAAACAAUAGCUGCUAGCCCUCGAAAGUUUGUAGUGUCAAGACUUGCAUAAUCACACAGUGAUGCAGUCAAGACCCAGCAGUGAUCUUGCUUCCAGGGGUGUGAUUUCUUUUGACAGAUGCUGUGCAUUCUCUCGUAGAUCAUGAAAGGCCCAUCUGUUUUCAUGGCGCAAGGUACUAUACUACCUUAAAUAUUUUGCUGUAUUUUUCAAAGUUAUGUUGUUCUAAACCGACUGUCGGUAUAAACGAAACUUGUUAUUUAGUAUGACCCAUCAAGUGCCAUUGUCCUCGACUGUCGGUGCGUGGGUGUUUAUUGUUUGCAAGACGUGGAUGACUUCAUGAGAAUUGCAUAUCAUUAGGACUCUGCAUUGCCAAAUUGGUAGCAUAAUUUCGCACUUCAUCAGUCUCCUCUACUUGCAAAAGAUGUUUGAAAUGCUUUGCACCUUUUUCCUGUGAUGUUUUGUCACUCUAUGUUUUUCAUGAGGCUAUGCAGCACGUCUUGGAGUAGGGUGUAUGUGAAUUUUCAAUGUUGGACAGAUUUGCAAGCAUACUUGACCGACCACCCCUUCAAACCUCAUAUUUCCUGGCAUGCUGGAUAAGGAUGUGAAUAUUAAAGUAUAGUUGCAGUUUCAGACGACAGGCAGGAAGAAAGAAGGAAAUAGAAGUGUUGUGAAACAUUCAGAUGCAAAUGUAUAGGUACUAUAGAAAAGUGUUCACCGACAGUGCGAUUCUAUGCCUUUCACUCUAACCUUUGUGUUAACUUGACUGCUUCAGCUGUUUUUCAUUAGUUGCAGCAAGCUGCUGCCGAGUCGUGCAAUAAGCUGCUAGGUUUUUAUUGAAUGCGAACUCUUAUUCGGUGGAUGCUUUAACGCAAAGUGAGCUGUCUGGAUACAUCACAGCACAGGAUCACGUUCACUCGGCUAUAAAGAAUCAGUUCAUUCGCUGAAGCAUUGAGAAAACGGCCAGUGAACAAUGGCAUAUUAUCCUCAAUUUACAAAACUGGUGAAGUAAUUAGUUGCAAAAAAAUUGGUGCAAGAUGUUUUUUGACCUUACAGCAUCUUUUCUGAAAGGUUAAACACUAUGCCCUCGUAAUAACACCAUUGUGUGUUCAGACUAUAAUGAGUGGAUGUUACAUCCAGUUGCAUACUAUUUUAAGGCCCUUGCUUCUCUUGUAUCCAGGUACAUAUUCUCAUGUUUUGUUGCUUAUUUGAUGCGCUAUUUUUACUUUAAAAAAAUGCAGGCAGUGCAAGAAGUUGCUUUAGCUUGUGAGGCAUAUCCUGCUAUAUAUGAAACAUGAGUGCAGUGAAAUCCUGGGCAUUGUUGUUUCGGUGGGCGGAAUUGACAUCAUUAGCCAGAAUUUUUUAUGAGUUGUGCUUGUGCUCUAAGGUUAACAUUUUUAUUUUAUUAGUGGUGCAACUGCUCUGAGUACACGGAAUAUUAAUUUUGUCUACUACAUGCAUUAUGACGUACAUAAAUACUGUAAUUUGGAUUCUUGUUCAUAUAGACAUUUGCUCCAAGACUACAUUAUUUUAAAGUUCAGAUAUAAGAAGGGCAACACUUUGGGAGAGCAUUAAGCUGGUGCUCUAAUAUCUAAUGACCACUCAUCAUGUUUGUGUUGGAGGUGAAAAGGAUUCAUCAUUGCCACAUUACUGACGCUGAAGUGUUACUCUGGUAUGUGCUGCAUCUGGUUUACAAUAUGCAUGAUGCAUCUAGAAAGAAACAAUUGAUGUCUUGAAGUGUAUAAAGGGUACUAUACUGUUAUCCUUGUGUGGAAUAGCCUGCUAUGAAGAUACAGCAGUGUUGAAUUGUGUUG